AAUUCUCUCCAUAAGCAAAUUCCUUUUCCUUUUUGCAUUACUUGCUUUCAAAGGAACUAUGACAUUGACAGUCUUUCAGCAAAUGCUUCAGCCAACUGUUUUCUUUAAUGCAGACAAUAAAAAAUUAUGUGAGUAAAGAGAAGGAAAAGAUAAUGGAUAAAACCUCUCAGGGGAAAUUAAAAUAGACAUAUCCAUAGAUGAAUAUUAAGAAGAGAAGAGGUUGUUUGUUUACGCUGAUGCAAAAUCCCACUUGCCUCUGGUCACUGAAGGUGGAUGUGGGAGUGGUUUCUUCAUCAUCUUCCCCGAUGAAUCCUGAUUGGUCAGUUCAGGUCUUUGGUCACCCUGGGAGGCGCUGAUUCCAGUCCAUUGUUUAUUUAUUCAGGAUGUGUGUUGCCUGUUAUGAAAGGAAAGAAAAGAGUCAGGAGCUUAAUUGAAAUUGACAUCUAAAUAUAAAAUAUUUACUAAAUUGCUCACCCUUCUUCACCACUUUUAGCAGCCAUCUCUUAGGAGUCUGUUCUGACGAAAUUCCAGUGGAUGUAAGCAGAUUACUAACCCCUAGAUUAUCAUAUUUGAUUUCUUUUUGCUUUUGAAACACUGCAGAUCAUAAGAUAAAAUGGUCAAAAAUGUCACACAACAGCUGAUGAUCUGAAUGUUAUCAUAUAUAUAUUAUCCUAUAUAUAUUAUAUCCUAUAAACUCUUUUUUGGUUCUGUGCCCACAGGGUCGAGUGUGGCAUAGACCAAGUUGUGCUAAUGCCAUGUGCUCAUCCACAUCAUCCCUACGAUUGGCAUUCAGACAAGAAACUCUUUCUUUCCUCGCAGAAAACUGGAGUACAUCCUGCCUGCCUGCAAGAGGGUAAAUGAGAGCGACAGAGUAAUAAAAAAUAGAGAAAGAGAGAGAGAGAGUGAGAACAUAGAGAGAGGGAGACAGGCACAGAAUCUGCACAUCCUCACAACCAGCACACCUUUACCAUUCACAACCGGACUCAAGACUGAGCUGAGAAACAAAAAAGCCCCUGCUCAUCUGUAUCACAUUAUCACAGAAUGCUGCUCUAUCUUCUGUUCUGGAUGAGUCUAUUUCUGUUUAUUACAAACGGUGAAAGAGGAUUUUAUGGGAAUCAUUACGCCGAGUGGAAUGAUUCGCAACUGCAGCCCACCAUACAGAGGCUGAUGAAAGGCUACAAUCGAUACCUAAGGCCAAACUUUAACCAGGGGCCUGUUGAAAUCGGAAUGAGUUUGGAUAUUGCCAGCAUUGAUGCCAUCUCUGAGAUUAACAUGGACUACACAGCCACUAUCUUCCUAAGACAACGAUGGCGAGAUUCUCGCCUGAUAUUCCCUGGAAAUGAAAGUCUGAGUCUGGAUGGGCGACUGGUUUCUUUGCUGUGGAUCCCUGAUACGUUCAUCCCUGAUUCUAAGCGUUCUUUCCUCCAUGAUGUAACUGUGGAGAACCGUUUGAUCCGGAUCUUCAGCAACGGCACUGUGCUCUAUGCUCUUCGCAUUACAGCAACCAUCGCCUGCAACAUGGAUCUCACCAAGUAUCCUAUGGAUAGACAGGAGUGUACAUUGCAAUUAGAAAGCUGGGGCUAUAAUUUACAGGAUGUGGUGUUUUACUGGACCCGAGGGAAUGACUCAGUGAAGGGGUUAGAUACACUGCGUCUGGCUCAGUACAGUGUGGAGAGCUACUACACAACCAUAUCUAAAGCUGUGUACGAAACAGGUUUUUAUCCGAAGCUAGUUCUGCACUUCUCUUUACGUAGAAAUGUAUUGUUCUUCAUUUUGGAGACAUAUGUGCCCUCAACAUUGCUGGUGGUUCUGUCAUGGGUGUCUUUCUGGAUCAGUCAGUCCUCCGUUCCAGCUCGCACCUGCAUCGGGGUGACCACUGUUCUUACCAUGACCACACUAAUGAUGGGUGCCAGGACCUCACUUCCCAAUGCCAACUGCUUCAUUAAGGCCAUCGACGUCUAUCUCGGCAUCUGUUUCACCUUCAUCUUUGGAGCUCUGCUGGAAUAUGCCUGUGCUCAUUUCUGCACCAUGCAGCACCAGACCAUUUUAGAUGUGCAAAGGGAACUACUCAAAGAAUUCGAGGAGUCAAAUGGUACAACUCAUUUGGCAAAUUCAGCGUCACCCAAAAAGAUGCAGACAAAAGAAUCCGCUCAGCAGGAGACGCCUGAGCAAUCUGUGACAUGUGAAGGGAAUGAAGCCACAGACAAGAAGAAAGAGAAGGGGUGCGGUUUGUCCUCCGUAAAGCAGAUGUCUCGCCGCGCAGCAUCAAUAAUGAGUGUCGAGAAUCCUAACAACAUUGACAGACGUGCACGUGUGUUUUUCCCCAUGGUAUUUUUCCUUGUCAAUAUUUUCUACUGGCUCUACUACCUUUUAUUCUGAUGGAUAAAUAACUUUACCUCCCAUCUCCAUUAAUGAACAAAGUAUUACACAGAUGACUGUGUAAGUGAAAAGACUUGAUCAAUUACCCAUCAAUGCAGUUAAAUAGUGCAGUAUAAAAGGAGCUGGACUUGCAAGUGUUUACACAAUAAUAAAAGUGAAGAUUAUUUGGACACAAACAAAUCACCAUACAGACUCAUCUGCAGCAGGACACAUAGGAGGACGCUGUUCGCAAUUGCCUUCACAUUACUGAUUUACUGAAGGGUUCAAUGCGUUACCUGUUUAGUUUUACUCCUUGCUUUGUUUUGCUAGUUAAACGUAAUGCGCUGUAGGGUUGCUGUAAACUCCACAAGCACUGACCAUAAUAAAUGGCAUUAAAUAAAAACAUUAAUGGUCAGUGUAUGCAUGUAUGACUGUAUAGUGGGGUCCACAAUCUGAUUCCACAUUGUCAAAUAUAAUUCAAGCCUGUGAAUAAAGUUUUAAAAUUAAAAAAGGAAUGAAAAA